AUGAGUGUGUAUGAUGGGGACUGGUCAGACUCCUCCAGCAGUGUGGUUUCCUGCUCUCUGUCGCGGCCCCUCGUGGCCCAGCCCCCUACAAGAGCCCAUCCCACCUGCGUCUGCCCCUCCCAACGCCAUGGCAACGCCAGGGGCCCCAAGAGCAACCCUGUGGAGGGCGUGGCUCUGGCCAGCUUCUACGUGCUGCCGUUUGAGAGUGCGGCGGCGGGGAUGAUGCCGGCCAGCGUUCUGGUCAAUGUGCACACAGGCCAACCCAUCCUGGUCCCAGACGACAGCGUGACCAUGCACGGUGCCCCGGGCCCCACGUCCACCACGGGACGGGGCCAACAGCCACUUAGGCACCCCCCCGCCCAGCCCAUCCACCUGGUGACCCAGCAACAGCCGCCAAUUCAGCUGCACACCCAGGCCGACGCCCUCAGCGCACACUUCGGUCACAUGAUCCUCACGAUGCGUCAACCUCCUGAAGGUGGUGGUGUGGUCGGCAUGGUCCAGUCUCCCCAGGACUCCCACCACUGUCAGCCCCCUCUCCCCUACCACCUCUACCAUCAAGCCCAGCAUCCCCACACCCUCAGGAACACCAGCCAUCCGCUGGCCAGCUAUCUGGUGGCCGGGGCCCUCCCAGGGGCCCCCCCAUCGCCAACCCAGAACGCUGCCUCCCUCUACCACCACCACCAGCAGCACCACCAGCAGCCCUACCCUUGCCCCAGCACACCAGGGCCUGGGGGGUUCCAGGCGGUGAUGAGCCAGUCUGUCCUCCAGCAGCACUCCUACAUCCAGCCCCCGGUCCAACAGGUGAACUCUUACUACUGCGCCUCAACGCACUACGCCCAGCCGACCAAUCAGCAGCAGCCAUACCAAGCACCCCCCAACACCCCCCUCACCGCCUACAGCUGCCCCCAGCACCAAGCUUACAACACCUCCGCCAGUCUACCCAGCGCAGCCCCCGGGUACCAGUCUGCCACCGCCGCCGGCCUGCAGCCAAUCAGCAGCCAGCAGAGCAGCGUGGAGAACCAGAUGCAGGGUGUGAUGGUCCACUACCCCGCCAUGCCGACCUAUCAGAUGCCCAUGUCGCACGCCCCCCAGGCUGUCCCCCAGCACUCCUACGGCCCUCAGCAGCAGCCGCUGAUGAUUUCCUGUCAGCUGACCCAGGGGGGUGUGGCCAUGCAGCCCUGCUACGGGCUCCUCCCACCUGGCCAGCAACACACCACCAUGAGCUCCACAGUGAGUUUCCUGCCUGUCCAGGUGGUGGAGCCGUUGCAGUACCAGCCCCCUCCCACCACCAGCCUCCCCCAACACUGCACAGGCGUCUAUCCAGGGCCUCCCGGGGACACCGGGAUGGUGGUAAUGCAGCUGCCAGCUCAACCCCCACCGUACCAGCCCCCGCCACGGGCCCCCUCCCCCUACCAGAGGAAACCACCCGGCUACAAGCUCCACGGCGUCGACCAACAGCUCCCCCGCAGGUCCUCUGAGGGACUGCAGCCACCGGACAACCCCCAGAGUAGUGUCCGACUGGGCAGUCGAACCUGGACUCUGUCUGCGUUGCUAGGCCACCCGGGGGCCAUCCAGGGGCCCCACUUGGCCCUUCCUACUAUGCCUUUCAAGGCCCACCUCCACCCCCAGCACCUCCCUCACCAGCACCCCCUCCCUACAGCCUUCUACCCCGGUGGACAAGGUGAAGCCUGUUGCCCUCUAGUGGCGAUGCCUCUACACAACAAGCCCUUGCUCCAACCGCCCCUACUCCACAUAGCCCCUGUGGGUACCAUCCAUCAGAAGGGACGCCAUCCCCACCACCGCCACCCCACCUCCCCCGAGGGCCCCUGGGGGCUUGGCAGAGGACGCCUGCUGGAAAGGUUCUCCUCUCUGCGGAUCUCAGCUGAGAUGUGGACGGUAGACAAUCCAUGAAGAAUUGUCUGCGAUGGCCACCCUGUACCCCCCUCAUCCUGGUCAAGGUCGCAGAACACCCCUUACCCUGGUCAAGGUCGCAGCACACCCCUCACCCUGGGUACAUGAAUUUUACAUCUGGAAGUUUGGCGUUUUUGGUUAUUUUUUUCCUCUUUCUCGCGUGCGUGUGUGUGUGUGCGUGCGUGCGUGCGUGUGUGUGUGUGCGUGCGACACCAACACCACGUCGUACCCCCCUCAGAAGGUUAUUUUAUUUUUCCUCUGAAAUAAAUCUGGUAUUUUUUUUUAGCUGUGGAAAAACAAGCACAGCUCUUAUGAAGGGCACACUGACUUUCACCCAAACCGCCCCCAACGAGCUCCGUGUCCUCGACCGACCGCUAAAGCUUCUCCAUGUCGUUCCGACACAGAUCAGGGGGAGGGGGCUUUUUGAGUUGGUGCUAUGUUCAGUUAUUUUUUGUUUUUUUUACGAAGGACAAUCAUAACGUGAAAGACAUGUUUGAAUUUGAAAAUUUUCAGUUGAUUUCAAGAAGUGGCAUUUUUUUCUUUUUUUUCAUCUUUUAUUUGCUUUCUUUCUUUCUUUAAUUCAUUUUGAAAUGCAACAGUAGUUUUGUACUCGUCUCAGCCGCAUAGUUUUGUGAUAUAUCUUAUCAGAUCAUUUUCGAAACACAUCGUCAACUUUGUGUUGUCAAAAGGAAAGAUUCAGAACAGUUUUGCCACUCGUCCAAACGUCAAUUUACACUGAAUAAUACAUGCUGCCACCUGAAUCAUUGAAAGUAUUUAUUGCAGUGAAGGUUACAUUUGCAGUGAAAUACUGAAAGGGAUAUUGUUUAUUAUUGAGUUUUUACAAUGAGUUCCUGAGAUACAGCGGUAUCUUAUCGAAUUAUGUUUUGACGGGGUUUGUCUGUAAAAAGUCUGAUAUUUAAAAAAGGUUCACUGUAAGCAUAAAAAGCGAGGCUGCAGAAAUGUGUCGACUAAAAUAACUUCACACCUGAUGGACUUUGUAUUUCAUUUGGCGGGAGGUGGAACGUCUAUGAAUGUCUGUCUUCAAGAUGUUUUAUUCAUGUCUUGUUUUGAAACCAAUAAACGUUUACAUCCCUG